UUCACUGCAUUGAUUUUUGAGUGCAUGAGAUGAUGGAUGCCCUGCCCUCCUUCUCAGCGAGUUGUUAGAUGAAUUAGAGAUGUCCUUCCUGAUUGUAGCAGAGUGCUGCUACUCAACGAUGAAAGCCUUGCCCUUUUUCUUGCUCUAAUGGAGUUUUAAGUACAAGCCCUUAUGGAUGGUAAUGCAGAGUAAUAGUGAAAAGUCUGGGAGUCUGGCAGGCAUCUCUAUGUGCAGGAAUCUAGUGGGAAAUUUUAGCCCAGACCUUUGUGUUUCCUGUCAGCGCAGAUGUUUUAUGUGUGUCAAUUAACAACCAUCAAUUUUUCAUCUGCCCCUUCAACUGUAUUGCUAAGCUUGCACCCACAACCAGCUUUUGUUAUGGUACCCUGAGAAAAUAUAAACCAGAUCCACUCACACAUCCGUGUUGACCUGCCACGAUUAUUUCUGCGUGUUCAGUUAGAUGUGUUCGUACAAUCGACUUUGCAAGUGUGGUGGCUGCUGAUCUGUGAUGAGGGGAAACCAUUUGGAUGUAUUCUGAGGUCCCUCUGGGGCCUGCAGGGACUUGUGGGAAGAUGACCUGAUUUCUAAUUUUCUCCUCUCCUGCCUGGGCUCUGGGCUUCUCGCUUUCACAAUCGGAGAAAGCCUGAGAAGGGACCGUGAGGGGAUGAUGAGCCGACCCAGCCAGAGCUUCUUGGAAUAUGCAAACACACUAAUGUGGAUUUUGUUGAUGGAUCCAAGAGUGGCUUUAAAUUUAUGCCAGUAGAUUCAGGUGAGCUGCAAUGGCUGACUUGCAGCAGAAAUAUCCUGUGGUCCUCCUGGGCAUCCUGGAGGAGCUGGCCAACAUGCGGCAGUGGCUGACAUUCCAGGACCUUUGUCGCAUGGUCAGCACCCGCUUCGACCUCGAGCACCUCGUCGAGCUCAGAGCUUUGCUGUUUGCUGCCGCCAGCAGGGACCCCUGUUUCCCCGCCACUCUGUUCCGAGAUCGGGUUUCCACCAGAGGCCAGGGACUUUCACCCAUAGGGGUCGCUGCAGACAUUGUGACUAUUUUCAAUCUCAUUCAGAUGACAGGUGGGGUCUCUGAAAGCAACCAUCCAAUGAGAGCCCAGACAGUAAUCCCUGUCGACCAGUCGCCUGGUCCCAAUCUGCCUGGUUUACACCCCUUGAACAUUCCUGGUCGAGAACGAGCAAGCACUCACAUUGACUCCAGUGGGAGGCCCAUCGACCAGCACUUGCUUUUUCCAAAAUCAAAUUACUCUGCUCGCAAGCGCGGAAGUCUUCCCCCGGAUCCCAUUUCAUUUGUGUCCUCCCCUCCCACCCGGACGAGGGCUGUAUCUUUUGACUUGCCUCAUACUACAUACUCAUACUCCAGCAGUCCAAAUCUUAAUGAGGUAAUGAAGAAUAUCUACCUGCCUCUGGAAACGGACAGUGAGUCAAGUGGAGAAUCUGCAGCAAUGGAGGUGUUUGAAGCUGAACCGGGAUCAUCAGUUGACCAGAAGAGAAGCGCCUUUAAGAAAGACUUUCACAACCAGCCUCCUCUGAUACCACAGGUGACAGUCAGCAGUGAGUCUCCUAGUCCUCAAUCAGGGCAUGCAGGCUUUGACAAUCACAGCUUUGAAAUGAUCCCAAAUCCUUAUCCAUCGCCUACAGCAGUUCAUAUGUCACCUGAACAGCGUGCUAAAGCUAAACAUGAGAGCUUUGAUGAUCUGCAGGAUUCAACCUAUUUUGGACCAGGCUCAAUGCCAGAGCCAUCUCCACGACACCUUCGACCACCCAAGACACAGAGAGCUAUCUGGAGUAAUAAGAGUCACAGCCUGGAGGACCGGAUAGGCAUUGGCAGCAUCGAUUUGGGGAUGGAAUCACAGACAGCACAACUUCCAAGGCGAUCUACCCCUGUAAUAAGUGGGUCUUCGGGAGGUGAGGGUGUAGACAGUGGAUUGCCAGGUGGAGGUGAUAAAUUAAAGGCUCAGGGAACACAAACUGACCCACCGGAUACCCGGAGACUCCGGAGCCUGGUUCACGCUGAUCGCCUCUCUUUCAUGACUUCAUUAGAUGACCCUGAGUUUGGUGAAGAUGACAUCAGUGCAAUCUUUCGCUUCUUAGAUGACAUAAGCAUGUGUGGAUCCACAGGAGUGCUGCACCCCAACGAUGGCACUGCUAACCAGGACACCCCUGAGGCUCGACGUGGUCGCUUGGGUCAACUCCAAAGACUUUUCCAUUCCCUGGAGAGCAGUGAUGAUGGGCUAAAGGCCAGCGUCUGCAAGCUGUUGCUUCGUAUGAGUCAAAUAGAAAGACAACUGGAGUCACUGAAUGAUGUGAAGGCUGAGAUUUCUCAGGUGCUCUCUGCUUUACAGCGAUUAGAUGAAAAGAUCCAGCAGCCUGUCCUUGGUGGUGGUCAAAGCACAGGUGGUAGAUGGCUUGAGCCUCUCAGUGGUGUGUCCUCUUUUAUGAGCCACCCUAUAACUCCCUCUGACUCAUCAGAGCCUCAGCCACUGUCUGCAACCGGACAUCUGUUUCCAGGGACCAGCACAAGUAGCCUGGACUGGAGCCGAUGGAACACCACUGGGGAUCAAACGGAAAGCAGCAAAGGUCAAACAGAUUCCAAAGGGCAGAAAGAAGGGAAGAAGGACGCAUCAUCUCUACGUGCCUCCAAAACCCAGCUUGAUGAAAAAAGUCCCACUGAUAGCAAACAACUGAACAUCCCUAACUCUGCAAGAGACUGGUCGGUGUCGUUUUCAAAAAAUAAAAAUGGUAAAGCAUCGCAAGGAAAAAUUGGACAGGGAGAUCAGUCAGACAGCACUACUAACCUGCUUUCCCAAAAGCCUACCAGCAUGGUGGAACAAGUGUUUAACUCGUCCCUGUUCCGUCACAAAGAUAGCAGCCUAACAGGGGGACUUGGGUCUGGGAAGGUCAUUGACCCCAGACUGGCUGAGGGAAGAGGGAGAGCCAUAUGGACAGUAGAUGAUAGAGAGGCACGAAUCUCCCCUUUGGACCUACAGGGUCAGGAGUCUCUGAACCCUAACAACAUGGAGUUCUGGAUGGAUGACAUCUACACUCCAGGCUACGAUGGUCUGCUCAGGCGUAAAGAAGCUAACCUCCGCCGACUCAAGAUAUGCAAGCUGGUUGCCCUCAUUGCCACUGUUGUGGCUAUUAUCCUCAUCAUUGUCAUUCUCAUUUGCACUAUGGGUACAUGAACACCCUCACAGAGAACAUAAUCUCUUGCCUAUUCUAUUUUCUUUUAUUCCUUCUUAACUUUCAGCAGCCACGUCAUGUACUCGGAAACUUGCACGGCAUCCUAAUGAAGAUUAAUAAACGAGAGACCCUGGACUCUAAAACUAGACUGGUGAUUUGUAAUAGUUCUUCUAUUUCUUAGCAUGAUACACCAUGGCUUAUUACAUCAGAAAUAAAACAACCUGAAAAUUAUUUCAAUAUGUUCAACCAUUUGUUCACCACCAAUGGGUAACCAUUUUUUACCCAUUGCAGGGAUUUAUUUGAAGAUGUAUGAUAUCAACAUAGCAGAUGGUUGCAAAUAGAACUCACUAUAUAUGAGAACAGUUCUGGUUGAACAUAUUGAAGCUAACAACACUGAGCCAAUUGACAAUGGUUCUAUCUAUUUUAUUGUUUUCUAUCCACUCUUUUGGUACAUUUGCAUUGUAUUUCAGCACUGAGCACUGCCUACUGUUCUUUUAAGAACAAUCCAGGGCUAAUUUCACACUUAUGUCAGAUAAGAGUUUUACCAAUAGGUGAGAGUUUGGGUGAUUUGUAGUAUUGGAUAGCAUGUACGAGGGUUGUUGUUUGUUUUAGUUGGAAUGUACUUGAACUUCCUUUAAGCUACAUUACACACUGCUCAAACAGGCCGGAAUCAAUAAAAAUAUUAUUUUUA